AUGAAGUGCAUACACAUUGGGUUGCUUUCUGUGCAAGAAAACGCUUCGGAUAGACUAGACAUGUCAUCCGUUGUGUUCAUGUUAGGUCAUAAUGCCAUUGAUCUUCCAUCUCCGAAACAUCCUGCGUUUACGGUGGGAAGGAAGAGAAGCGUUAAAAAUGCCGGGAGCUUAGUGAGCAUGUUCGUUUGCUUGACGCCGGCGUCUGCAGCUGCGUCGGGUGGCUAA